AUGUCCUGGGAUAAACUGUUGUCGCUGCGCCUCUUGCUGGGGGUGCUGCUGUGCUUUGCUGCAUCCCCUGCUCACAGUCAGACGCCAGCAUACAUCAGUAUGGGGGAUAGUAGUGGGUGGGGCACUUCCAGCGAGAGGCAGCUGAACGAGGAAGACCCCGUCAUGAAGGCGUUACCUAACCCCGACGUGCCCGCGUUUCACCUGCCGCUUAAGUGCUCCGCAUGCGGCGCCAUUGUGGAGCACGCCGUCCACCUCCUCUCCAGCGUCGUUCAGCAGCACUUGGCUCGUAGAGAGCGGGAGGCGCGGGGUGGCGGCAACCCCCCACACCGCUCCCAACCGAAGCAGUUUGAGAUGGUGGACGCGUUUGAGCAGCUUUGUCGUGAGGUUCCAUUCCUGUACGGCUUGGAGAUGAUAAGUGAUACGGAGCCCUCACUUUUUUUUAGCAAAAGUAAUAUGAUUAACCGCGUUCGUGGUGGGUGGAUGCAGUACUUUCUCGCCUCCACGUGUGAGGAGCUGCUUGAUGAGCAGGAGGAGGAGCUGGUGGCCGCUAUCUUUGCCGCAGCGGACGAGGGUGGGAUGAAAGACAUUCCAAGGAAGGUGCGUGAGGUCGUGUGUACGCAAUGGGAACGAAGCUCAAAGGGGUGUGAUGCGCACGGUAUGCCGAUUACCCGGAGGCCAAGUGAACCCUCCGACCUCUAA